GGGCAUCCCGCUGCAUUCUCUUCUCACUCGGAUCGAUAGAACAACCUAGACCAAACCUAUCAGCAGAUUACCACCUCCAGGAAAUCAUACAUCAUGGCAGGAGCUAUGGAUAACGCCAAGAGGGAUCUCCCCAAGAUCCGCGACGAACACCGCGAAUCCAACUUUGGAAUCGUCCACGGCGUCUCCGGUCCCGUCGUCAUCGCCUCCCAGAUGAGGGGAGCGGCGAUGUACGAGCUCGUCCGUGUGGGUCACGACGAACUCGUCGGCGAGGUCAUCAGGAUCGAACAGGACAGGUGCACGAUCCAGGUCUACGAGGAGACGAGCGGGGUGACGAUCGGAGAUCCGGUAUUGAGGACAGGGAAGCCGUUGAGCGUCGAGUUGGGACCCGGGUUGAUGGAGAACAUCUACGACGGUAUUCAGCGUCCCCUCAAGGCCAUUCAAGAGAAAUCUCAGUCCAUUUAUAUUCCCCGUGGUAUCAACACCCAGGCGUUGAGCAGGGAAUUGAAGUGGGACUUUAACCCGGGCAAAUAUACCGUUGGCGACCACGUCUCGGGAGGAGAUGUCUUUGGUACCGUCUAUGAAAACUCGCUCGUCGACAACCAUAGGAUCAUGGUCAGCCCUAGGGCUAUGGGAACCGUCACCUGGGUCGCCGAGAAGGGUAGUUACAAUGUCGAUGACGUCAUUUUCGAAACCGAAUUCCAAGGCGUCAAGACGAAACAUACGAUGAUGCAAAACUGGCCCGUCCGAGCUCCCAGGCCCGUCGCGGACAAGUUGACCGCCGAUCAGCCGUUGUUCACCGGACAGCGAGUUCUGGACAGUCUGUUCCCCUGUGUUCAGGGCGGUACCACGGCCAUUCCCGGUGCUUUCGGAUGCGGAAAGACCGUCAUCUCGCAGGCCUUGUCCAAAUUCUCCAACUCGGACAUCAUCAUCUACGUCGGAUGUGGAGAGCGAGGAAACGAGAUGGCUGAAGUCUUGAUGGACUUCCCGGAGCUCACCCUCGAGCGAGACGGGCGAGAGGAGCCCAUCAUGAAGCGUACCGCCCUCGUGGCCAACACCUCCAACAUGCCCGUCGCCGCUCGAGAAGCGUCCAUCUACACCGGUAUCACUCUCUCGGAAUACUUCCGAGACCAGGGACAGAACGUCUCGAUGAUGGCCGACUCGACGUCUCGAUGGGCCGAAGCUCUGCGAGAGAUUUCGGGUCGAUUGGCGGAGAUGCCGGCGGACUCCGGUUACCCGGCUUAUUUGGGAGCCAAGCUCGCCAGUUUCUACGAGCGGGCGGGUAAGGUGACUUGUUUGGGGAACCCGUCCCGUGAGGGUACCGUCUCGAUUGUCGGAGCCGUCUCGCCUCCUGGGGGAGACUUCUCGGACCCCGUCACUACCGCCACUUUGGGUAUUGUACAGGUCUUCUGGGGUCUCGACAAGAAGCUCGCUCAACGAAAGCAUUUCCCUUCGGUCAACUGGAACUUGUCCUACUCGAAGUACCUCAAGGUCCUCGAACCCUACUUUGAAAAGAACACUCCCGGCUUCAACGACAACCGAUCUACCAUGCGUGAGAUCUUGCAAAAGGACAACGACUUGGCCGAAAUUGUGCAGUUGGUCGGAAAGAGCGCCCUGAGCGAGGCCGAUAAGGUUACCCUCGAGGUCGCCACUAUGAUCAAGGACGACUUCCUGCAGCAGAACGGUCUGAGUACCUACGACAGGAUGUGCCCGAUCUACAAGACGACGGGUAUGGCCAAGAAUUACGUCACGUUCUACAAUGCCGCUUUACGCGCCGUCGAGAACGGAUUGACUUGGUCGAGGAUCAAGGAGGGCGGGUCGGACAUUAUGUUCCGACUGUCGCAACAGAAGUUCGAGGAACCUACUGAUGGAGAGGAAGCCAUCAGCGAGAAGUUGGGCCAGUUGACCAAGGACAUCGAGAGCACGCUUCGCGACCUGCAGGACUAAGCUGGGGUUUGCAAUUUCUCUGAGCGUUCGAAUGAUACCCACGUUCUCGCGGUUCGAUCCGUGGUGACUUUCUAGAUUGUGCCUUUCCAGUCCGAACCUGUUUCUCUUGUGCUCGUGUAUCUCUCUGUCUUAUCAAACUAUCGUUCUGAUCAUUGGUUCACUAUCGUUUCAAGAUGACAUCGUGGUCUGAAUCAUCGAAGCGAUGGGAUAGG